UUUCAGUGUAACUCAUAUCAGUUGCACAUCAUUUGCCAUGUCUGCGGUAUUAUGUUUAAUAUGCAGUCGAUUUGUCAUACAUAAACACCCAACCAGGGUUGCCAGGGCUGCUGUCAAGGUUACAAGACGCUUGUCGCAUAAACACAAACAUUCCCGCCCUGGCAACAGCCAAACUUGCGUACACUUUGUUAGUCAGUCUAGGGCAAAGCAACUGCCAAUUGGUUGGGCUACAUCUUAGAGGGUAAUCUACGGAUUAGGAUGCCUUGUUUCUCGGCUUGCAAUGUGCGCUUUGUAAGCGCCGAGGCGCAGUUGAAGCAAAAGUGUCAGGAGCUGCGCGCGAGAGCGCAAACUGCAGCGUAUAGGCCACCGCCUGGUGGUUAUCGUCCUGGCACCUCCUACAAUGCAGCUGGAGGAGGAGCAGCAGGUUUUGUUAGCUUCAGACGCCGCAGCGAGCAGUUUGCUACGUUCGAUCAGAAGCAGCUGAAGCGCAAUGAGCGCGAGCGGCGACGUAAUCAGGGCAAGAAGGAGCUGGUGCUGCGGCCCAGCGAGCUAAAGCGGCUUAAGGAUCAGGGCAAGGUGUUAACCAUCGAUGAGCAAUUCAAGGCCAUAGAGCGCAGCGAGCAGCAGCAUGAGCAGCAGCUGCAGCUGGUGGAGCAAACCAAGCAGCGCUACAAGCAAAUGGAUGCGGCGCGUCAAGCGGACGCAAAGGCAGAGCAGCAAGUGGAGCAAGACGAGCACGAUGGACUGCUGCAGCAGAAUACAGUGCUGAGUCGUGCGUUCCUCGCAAAGCAGGAGCAGGAAGAGGAAGUGAAGCAAAUCAAUCGCAUGAUACUGGACGCCAAGUGCAAAGCGGUGCGUGAGGCGCAAAUACAAGAGAAGCAGCUGCUGGCCAAAGCGCUGCGUGAGGACGACGAGCGGCUGGCCAAAAUGGUGAAUGCGCGUGCACAGCAAGCGUUGAAUGCGGAGGAUGAACGUGAGCGGCUGGAGCUGGAGAAGCGCGCCAAGUAUGCGCAGGAAAUACGCAAGCAGCUCAGCGAGCGUGAGAAUCAGCGUUUUCAGCAGGCGCAGCGCGUGGCAGCUGAGGCAAAGCAGCUGAAGCAGGCGGGCGAUUUGCUGCGCGAGGAGGAGCAGCGACAACGCGGAUUUGUUGAGCUACGCAAGCGACGCUUUCGCGAGGAGCUGCAGCGCAUACGCGACAUGUCGAGUGUGUUUAAGAACAUGCUAUGCGAGCAGGAGCGACUUGCAGAGCUGCGCGUUGCCGCCUACAUGCGCGAAAAGCAGGAAAAGGAGCGACAGCUUAAGGAUAUGCAGCUGCUGGCCAAGAAGGAGUUCGAGCGGCGCCAGCAGCGCAUUUAUACGCUCGCCGCUGAAGCGCAGAUCAUACGUCAAACUGCCGAGGAGCUCAAGUAUCUAAAAGAUCGCAAUCGCGUGGAGCGCGAGUAUCGCCAGCGUGAAAAACAAGCGGCCAUGAGCAAGCGCGAAGCGGAGCGCGAUUUGGCUGCCUCACGUGCACAACAAGCGCAAGAGCUUAAGCAGCGUUUAGCACAAGAAAUCAGUGAAGCUGAGCAGCAGUUCAACAAAAUGCUGGAGCGACUGCGUCAAGAGGAAGAACAGCAGCGCAGUCUCGACAAACAGCGUGAGCAGCAAUCUCAAGUCUAUCGACGCGAUCUCAAGCAGCAAAUGACGCAGAGACAAGCGGAGCGUCAACGCUUGGCGCAGCUUGAGCACGAGCGCAUGCAAAAGUGGCUGGAGCAGGAGCGUCAACGCGAUGUUAACAUCAAACAGGUCAUCAGCAGCAAGAUCAAUGCCAUGCGUGAGAAUUGUUUGCCCGAUAAAUAUCUCAAGGAGGUGGAGAAGCAGCUCAAGCAUAUUGAUGCCUCACGCAAUCGCAUACGCUGAGCUGUGCAUAGUUUGGGGCGCCAUGGGUUAACAGCAAUGGCCGACAGUUAACAUAAACAGCAGCGCCUGUAGCUAUGCAACAGAAAUUGUUGUUGCUCAAAGCUUAACAGAGCUUUUAACAGACUAAAACUGAA